UUAAGCCUAAACUCUACGCUGCAACGCUUCCUCUUAUCCACGUCGUCGUUCGUUCCGGCGGUUCUUGACCUCACUCUCUCUAUCCAUGGCGGACAUCAAACCCUCGAAUGAGACUGUUCUUGAGCAGCUCAAGAAUGGAACUGCGCAAUUUGAGCUCGUCUCAGUCCCCGUUCGUUCGAUUUCAACUCCGAAUCCUCAUUCAUGUCCGCCGCCAUUUCUCGGAGACCACAGCCACCGGUUCUUUGCCAGAAUUGGACCGUCAAUUGGAAGUAAAGGAUCACCGACCACCAAGAAAGUUGAACGCUAUUUGGUUCAGAGGGUUACCGGGGAUGGCCGAUGCCUAUUUCGCGCACUGGUCAAGGGAAUGGCUUUCAACAAGGGAAUUUCUUUUGGCCCACGAGAAGAGAGAGAGGAUGCAGAUGAAUUACGAAUGGCUGUAAAAGAGGUUAUUUGUGACAAUGACAAAGAACGCCAUCAAUAUGAAGCAGCACUAGUUGCCAUUACAGUUGAGGAGUCUUUAAAACGUUACUGCCAACGCAUUGGAAGGCCUGAUUUCUGGGGAGGAGAAUCGGAGCUAUUGGUGCUAUCGAAGUUGUGUAGGCAGCCAAUAAUUGUGUACAUACCAGAGCAUGAGCAUACAAGGGGUGGAUGGGGCUCUGGUUUUAUUCCCAUUGCAGAAUAUGGUGCUGAGUUCAGCAAAGGCUCCAUUAAAAGAAAACCGAAAAAGCCAGUGAGGCUUCUGUAUAGUGGUAGGAACCACUAUGAUCUGCUUGUUUGAGAAAUGAUCUGCUUGUUUGAGAAGUCAUUGGUGCUGAAAUAUAUUGGGUCUCCAUAAUUACAAGGGGAUUGAAGGAAAGAGCAAGACAAAUAUGAUAUUUUUCUAGUUGUUCAAGAAACAAAUGUACAAUCCCGUCUGAAAUGUGUUCUAAACUUGCAGUUUUUCCUGUAGGAAAUCAAAUAAUAGCUCGCGAUCUACUUUAUUUACUAAAUUUUGGAUUCUAAU